AUGGCUACUAACAACUUGGGUCAGACUGUUCUUCACAGUGCUGCUGGACAAAUUGAUAUCGUAAAGUAUCUCAUUAAUGAGUGUCACUGUGAUCCAAUGGCUACUACCAAAAAUGGUGAAACUGUUCUUCAUGCAGCAGCUAACAUGAACUCACCUGAUGCAAUCAAAUAUCUAAUCAAUGAGUGGAACCAUGAUCCAAUGACUGUUGACAGGAGGGGGUGGACACCUCUUCAUUUUGCUGCUGAAACUUGGUAUGCUCCUGCAGCUGUUGAAUACUUACUAUCAACUGGUAAAUGUGAUCCAUUGGCUAAAGACAAUGAGGGGAUGAUUGAAAUAACUGAAGAAUUCAACAAGCCAUUGGCUCCAAUAAAGCUAGAUAUUAAAGAACUUGAUAUUUUCAUCGAAGAGCUAACAAUACUCAAUCAAUUGGAUUGUACUAAAUGGUAUCAGUUUGGACUUCAUUUAGGAUUAUAUGAUCCAACACUAAAUGCUAUAAAGAAGGAUCAUGGAGAAUGUAAGCCAUGUCUGAUACAGUGUAUGUCUGCCUGGUUAAGAGGAGAAGAUAAAGUGAGAGAGAAAGGAGGUCCCAGUUGGUCAUCAAUAGCUACAGCACUGGAUACAAUAGAAGAGAAAUCUAUUGCUAGUUACAUUAGAGAUAAAUAUUGUCCAUCAAAAUAGUUGAUUGACUAGCAUAAUGUUUAAUUGAUUUAUUUUUUUAAUUCUAUGAUAAAUACAUUAAGUAUGCAAGCCAAAGCAAGCCCUACUAAGACAAAAA